AUGAUUACACAAAAAUCUAACAAGUUCCCAACCCAGAAAUUACUUCUUGACCGCGAACUUGGGGGACUACUACUAUACUUUGAAGGAGGUGGAAAAAGCAAAUGGAUAGGAGCACUUGUUCAACUUGUAGGGUUUCCAAUCCUCCUUCCUUUCUGUUUUUUCUUAAAAUCCAAGAAAAUUAAUCCCACCACAGAAGGACCAUCUGUAUUAAUCCUUGCAAUGGUCUGUGUGACCCUUGGCCUACUCAUAGCAGGAAGCUGUUUCUUGACUUCAUUUGGGCUUUUAUAUCUUCCUGUUUCUACCUUCUCACUCAUCUGUGCCUCCCAACUGGGAUUUACAGCCCUCUUCUCCUUCUUUAUCAUCAAUUCUAUAGUUCUUGUCACCAUCUCCUCCAUUCUUCUUGUGUUUCAAGCUAAUGACAACUCGGAAGAUACUCCUAAUACAGGAAGAGUCUCUCAAGGGAAGUAUGCAGCUGGAUUCAUAUGCACUGUUGGUGCUUCUGCCGGGACUGGAUCAGCGCUUGCCUUGACACAGUUUGCCUUCAACAAGGUCAUCAGAAAGAAAACAUACAUAGUUGUCAUGGAUGUGAUAAUCUAUCAGUCAUUGGUAGCAACAUGUGCUGCCUUGGUUGGACUUUUUGCAAGUGGAGAGUGGAAGGGCCUAAAGAGAGAGAUGGAUGAGUUUGAAAUAGGGAAGGCUUCUUUUGUUAUGAUCUUGGUUUGGACAAGUAUUGUUUGGCAGGUUUUUGUGAUUGGUGCGGUUGGGUUGAUUUUUGAGGUGUCUUCUCUGUUCUCCAAUGUCAUAAGUGCUCUGGGUUUGCCUGUCAUUCAAAUUUUGGCUGUGAUUGUUUUCCAUGACAGGAUGCAUGGCUUGAAGGUGAUAGCAAUAGUUGUGGCUCUUUGGGGUUUCGUUUCCUAUGUCUAUCAGCACUACCUUGACGAUCGUUGUAAGUCGGAUACUGAAGAUCCAAAUGCAAGUGAAGCUCCUAAAGAAUCAGUGCUGCUGGGAAGAGCUUAA